GUGACUCUUGUGUACAAAUACACCAAGUCACUCAGGUCUUCCAGUGUCAUAGUUUCAUGAGUACUGAAAGCACUUGCAAACAUAUGAAUAUAUGAUACUUGUUCAACUUAUACAACUACAUUUCACUACACAUUUCUUGUCAGCAACAUCAGGCAGUGAAGAUGAAGAUCACAUGGCAAUCUUUGAUUCCAAAAUGCUUCAUUCCGAAUAAAGUUAUUCCUAAACAAACUUCGGUAUCCAGAAUUUCGAUAUCAGAUUUUGGUUAUUCAUUAGUGCUCCCAGAGGAGCUAUCUGAUUCCCUCGCAGGAUCCAAUCUUUAUGUUUUUACACUAGCAGAACUAAAAGUGAUCACAAAUGGAUUCUCUUCGAGUAAUUUUCUUGGCCAAGGAGGGUUUGGACCGGUUCAUAAAGGCUUCAUUGAUGAUAGAUUUAGGCCUGGUUUGAAGGCUCAAACUGUUGCUGUUAAAGUUCUUAAUUUAAAUGGCUUGCAAGGCCACAGGGAGUGGCUGACUGAAGUGAUAUUUCUUGGGCAAUUGAGGCAUGAGCAUAUGGUGAAGUUGAUAGGAUAUUGUUGCGAAGGUGAAAAUCGGCUGCUGGUUUAUGAACACAUGCCUAGAGGCAGCUUAGAGAAUCAGCUCUUCAGAAAAUAUUCGGUGCCAAUUCCAUGGUCCACAAGAAUCCAAAUUGCCCUUGGUGCAGCGAAAGGCCUGGCUUUCCUCCACCAAGCUAAAAAACCUGUUAUAUAUCGCGAUUUCAAAGCUUCCAACAUUUUGCUAGACUCUGACUACACUGCGAAACUCUCAGAUUUUGGACUAGCAAGGCAAGGUCCAGAAGGAGAUGCAACGCACGUCACAACAAGAGUAAUGGGCACCCAUGGCUAUGCUGCCCCUGAUUACAUGUGCACCGGUCAUUUGACUGCAGCAAGUGAUGUGUACAGCUACGGAGUUUUACUAUUGGAGCUAUUAACAGGAAGAAGGGCGAUGGAAAGGAGCCGGCCUAGUAGAGAGCAACGUUUAGUGGACUGGGCAAGAUCAUCGCUGAAAGAACCACGAAAGCUUUGGCGAAUCAUGGACCCAAAACUUGAAGGCCAAUACUCAGAAACUGCGGCUUUAAAGACUGCUGCAUUGGCAUACCAAUGCCUUGAUCAGAGGCCAAAAUCUAGGCCAACCAUGAGUACAGUGAUUCAAACUUUGGAACCGUUAGCAUAGUAGUAGGACGAUUGGAAGAUAAACAACUUACCAAAGGCAUCAAUAUCUGAUAUACUCUAGAACUUGUUUUAGUUCUCAUGUAGUGACAACCAUUCUGAUUACAGUGACUUUUGCAGAA